CCUCAUCGUGCGCUUCCCAAAGAAGCAGACCCGCAGAAAAAAAAUGGCAGCUGCCAGUCAGUCAGUCGCGGUGGCUGUCGUUGCUCAACUAUUAUUGUUUUCCCAAUGCCGCUCGGCCUGGGCCGAGUACUUUUCUUCGCUAUUGUCCUUUACUAGCAAUAACCAUCUGCAGAAGCAAGGCUGUGUUAUGCAGUCUGAAUUUGGAAAAUCUGAAGACUUCGUGGAGUGCGAGUCUUCAUUUUUAAAUCCUGAAGAUACAGACUGUGUCCCAAGUGGGGCUCCACCAUGUGAGCCAGUGCUGGCCCUCGAUACAGAGAAAAUUCUGAGUCAAGCUAAAGUAUUAACUGAACAAAAGAGAUUCCCUUUUUCGAGUAUUGAUGAGAAUACAAAUGAAGAAUUGGCAUUUGGCUAUGCCUUAAUUGGAAACAACUUGUAUGAUGAAGCAAUUAAACACUUUUCAGUACUGCUACAGGGAAACCCGGAACUAGUAGGUGCUAUCUAUGGAAGGGGAAUAGCAUAUGGAAAGAAGGGUCUACAGGAUAUCAAAAAUGCUGAGCUUGCACUCUUUGAGCUGAACAGAGUUAUAACUUUGGAACCCAAUGCACCUGAGGUAUUUGAGCAGAGAGCGGAGAUUCUGUCUCCCUUGGGUCGAAUUAGUGAAGCUUUGAAUGAUCUCAGCAGAGCCAUUCAGCUGCGCCCAUCAGCACGUCUGUACAGACAUAGAGGCACCCUGUACUUCAUAUCUGAGGAUUAUGCAGCAGCACAUGAAGACUUUCAAUUAUCUUUGGAAAUGAAGAAAUAUCAACCAAUAGCAAUGCUGUACAAAGGUUUAACCUUCUAUCACAGAGGUAUGCUGAAGGAGGCAAUUGAUACAUUUAAAGAUGCCAUUAAACUCAAAACAGAUUUUACAGAUGCUUAUAGAAGUCUAGGCCAAGCAUACAGAGAGUUGGGUGACUUUGAAGCAGCUAUGGAAAGUUUCCAAAAGGCCUUAAUAUUGAAUCAGAACCACAUUCAGUCCCUUCAGUUGAGAGGAAUGAUGCUUUAUCAUCACGGCAGUCUCCAGGAUGCCUUGAAAGACUUUAAGGGGUGCCUGCAGUUGGAACCAUACAAUGAGGUUUGCCAGUACAUGAGAGGCCUGGGCCACGUUGCUAUGGGUCAGUUUUAUGAAGGAAUUAAAGCUCAGACUAAAGUGAUGCUAAAUGACCCACUUCCAGGUCAGAAAGCAAGUCCGGAGUUUCUGAAAGUGAAAUACCUCAGAGAAUAUUCACGUUACUUACAUGCGCAUCUUGACUUGCCGGUGACGGAGUAUAACAUAGACCUUGACCUUCCUGGAAAUUUCAAGGAUCACUGGGCCAAGAAUCUUCCCUUCCUUAUAGAAGACUAUGAAGAACAACCAGGAUUACAGCCUCACAUAAAGGAUGUCCUACCUCAGAACUUUGAAAGCUACAACAUAGAGGUCCAAGAGCUAAUUUGCACUGCAGAUCACUUGGGUUCUCUUAUGCAAUAUGACACACCUGGCUUUCUUCCAAACAAAAGGAUACACAGAGCUAUGGGGUUUGCAACAUUAGAAAUUAUGCAAGUUGUACAACGAGCAUGGUCAAAUUCAAAAAUUCGUGUGAGUGGCAAAACCAGACUAAUGCAGUGGAAGGACAUGUUUGAUAUUGCUGUGAAAUGGAGAAGAAUUGCAGAUCCUGAUCAACCAGUACUAUGGUUAGACCAGAUGCCAGCUCAGAGUUUGAGCCGAGGCUUCAAUAACCAUAUAAACCUCAUCAGGGGUCAAAUAAUUAACAUGCGGUACUUGGCAUAUUUCGACAAAAUACUGAACUUCAUAAAAGACAGAAUUCUUGUUUAUCAUGGUACUAAUAAUCCCAAAGGCCUUUCUGAAGUGAGAGAUGCCCUGGAGAAAGUGAAAAAAAUUGAGGACCUCCUUCCAAUCAUGAAACAGUUCAACAGCAAAACCCGGGAUGGGUUCACAGUAAACACAAAGGUGCCCAGUUUAAAACAUCAAGGAAAAGAAUAUGAUGGAUUUACCAUCACCAUAACAGGUGACAGAGUUGGCAACAUGUUAUUUUCUGUGGAAACCCAAACAACACAGGAACGAACUCAGCAAUAUCAUGAUGAAAUAGAGGCACUAUAUAAGGACCUGAGCAGCAAAGGGAAGGCAUUGAUACUUUCCACUGAGCUUGGGGAAACAGAUGCUGUGUGCAACCUUAUCCUUUCUUUGGUAUAUUACUUUUACAAUCUAAUGCCUCUGUCAAGAGGAUCCAGUGUGGUGGCAUAUUCAGUGAUCAUGGGAGCAUUAAUGGCUAGUGGGAAAGAGAUCACAGGGAGAAUCCCCAAAGGAAAGUUAGUAGAUUUUGAAGCUAUGACAACACCAAGUCCAGAGGCUUUCAGUAAAAUAGGAAAAAACUGGAUGAAUUUGAAAAGCUUACCAGCAUCAUACUCCAGUCUUCCAGCUGUAUUGGAGAUUUUUCCAACCAAAAGAACAAUGAUUGAGGUGCUUAAUACAGACUCGUCUUCUCAUUGCCCUAAGAACUCAUAGGAGCACCUGCAGACUGAAGAAAGGAGAGACUUUCUUUGCUUCAUAUUAAGUUAUUUUUAUAAAGAAAUUAGGUCCUUUUGGAUAAUGCUUAAUUUAAUAAUAGGAAAAAAUAACUUUUGCCUCUUCAUAGAAUUUCUACAUGACAUGGAUGGUGCUGCUUAUUUCUAUUAGGAUAUUGAAGUACUGUAUUUAAAGAAUGGAUUGAUAAAUUGUAAACAGGCUACUACCUGACUAUUAUAUGCAAUUAAUUUUGAGUGAUCAAAGUGCUAAGGGAAAUUUUGUUUCAGGUCUUAAACAAAUAUUGGUUAAUUGAUUCCUACAUCAGUGCUGCAGGACUUUAAAUGUUGUAAAAAUUAAAAAGCACUGCAGAUGCUGUAAAUCAGGAACAAAAACAAAGUUGCUGGAAAAGCUCAGCACCUCUCGCAGCAUCUGCGAAGGAGAAAACAUUUCGGGUCUGGUGACCCUCAGAACUGAGCAAGGGUCACCGGACCCGAAAUAUUAACUGUUUUCUCCUUCACAGCUGCUGCCAGUCCUGCUGAGCUUUUCUAGCAACUUUGCUUUUGUUCCUUUUAAAUUGAGUGUUUUCUACUCUUGUAGAUGGAAGAGUACAUAAAAUGUUCCCAGUAACACCUGUAAUUGCACAAGCUGCUGCGUUUUAGUUGGAGCAUUUUCUGGCUGUUUGUUCUUUUUUGGUUUUCUGGAGCAGGCCCUCAUGAAUUAUCAGAGUAUUGUACAGUUGUUACAUGUGAAUUGGAUUAUCCACUCCAGUAGUUCUAAAACAUAGGCAGUUUGACAAAUAGGGACACAGCUAUCGAUGAAACUGAUGGAAGUAUUAAUGCUUUGGAGCAUGCUAAUCUGAAAGGGAUUCAGUCAACUCCUUUUAAUCUCAAAAUAAAUCAUGUUGGGUCACAAAAAUUGAAUCCCUUGUCUGGUUGUGAGUUAUGCAGGAAAGUCACUAAAGGUAACCUGUGUCACACAUUGACCUAGCUGUGGUGCUACAAUUUCUUUUGCCUCUUUUAGACUUCAAUAUUUCAGAAGUUAUAUAGAUCAGUGGGUUUUAACACAUUCCACGUGGAGGUAAAGCCUUUAUGUUGCAUUCACAGGAACUGGAAACAAAUGUUCACUUUGCUAAGUGUAAUAAUCAUCAGUCACAUGGAAAGUUUACAGCUAAGUAACCAAUAUGAAUUUGUCAAACUAAAAAGCUUGACUCUAGUUUCUCCUGCACCCCCCCCCCCCCUCAAUUAUUGGUUUAAAGGAAAACUAUUACCCCUCAAAGUGAACCUAUUUAAUGGGGGCCAACCAUCUUUUAGAAAUCUAACCUUGCAUUGGUUCUUUUCACAUUGCCACAGUUUUAAAUUUGCACUAUAUUUUAAAAUGUUUUGCAGAAACUUAUUUACAAAUUUUUUCUUCUACAUGAUGGUGGAACUUUCAGUGGCAUUUUGUUUACUUUGAAUUAUUUACCAAACAAAUUCUAUUUUGUCUAAUUAAAGAUGCUGAUAAAUCUUG